AUCGUAUCGAACUAAAUGGAACGGGCAUUGCAGACGAACAGGAUUUCAGUUUCACUGCUCCAACAUGUAAAGAGUUGCUGUUAUAUCAUUCUUUUCAAUCUUAACUACGUGUUAGUCUGUUAGAUUAUAAUAAAAAUAUGGUUAGAACAAAACAGACCAGCAGAGCAAGCACUGGAGGAUCACAGUACUCAAGGGCAACAUUUUCAUCAAAUACUAGAAAAGCAAAGAAAAAGAAGCCAAGACAAAGAAAGAGAUGGAUGCUAGAAUCAGGACCAUCAUUUCGGAUGAGCGGUUCAAGUUAUAUGAACUAUGGUGAUAUUGGGAGUUGUGAAGGAUUUAUGAGUUAUGGUGGAGUGGGGAGUUCAAGUUGGAGUGGAAUAGGAACUCCUCAGGUUGCAACACCUAUUAUUGACCUUGAUGAAAUGGGUCAUGAUGACUUGGAUGAUGAAGUUUUACUUGGAAGUAUCCGAGGAAACAUAGUUGGAAUCCAAUACUAUAGGGGUACUGUAAACAACAAUGAGAUGGUUGCUUUAGAAAGGGAGGCACACAACAAGUAUGACAGGAAUGCCAUUAAAGUAACUAAUGUAGACCGUAUACAAGUUGGCCAUAUCAAAAGAGAACUGGCUAAACCAUUGGCAGAAAUUAUUGAUAGGAAUCUGGCUAGACCUGAAGGGGUUGUCCCUUUUGGAGCAACAAAUGCGUAUUCAAUGCCCAUAGAUAUAUCAUUAUGGGGCAGACAAGAGAACCAGGAAACAGUAAUGACCAAAUUGAGAUUACAUGGGUUUACAGGUUAUACUCCUACAUACCAGGAGUCAAUACCAUCUGCAUCUUCCAGUAUGGGAUAUCUUGCUCCUAAAAGGACUUUCUUGUCACCUGCUGAAGUAAAGAAUGAAUUGGACAGGUUGUUUGAAAAUCUAUGUGAAGGUGACAAAACUAAUACUUCUGAUCCAGCAAAGGCAAUAGGAACUUCUAUGUAUACCCAUCAAAAACAAGCAUUAUCAUGGAUGAUAGAGAGGGAAAAGGGAUCACACCUUCCACCUUUUUGGGAAGAGAAAAAUGGGAGAUAUUUUAAUUCAGUUACAAUAUUCACAACAAAUCAAAAACCAAAAAGUGUCAGAGGAGGUAUCCUAGCAGAUGAUAUGGGCCUUGGGAAAACUUUAGAAAUGAUUGCUCUUAUAGUGACAAACUUCAAAGAUAACAAACCCUUAGCAGUACCAGUGUUUGGUCAAAUCAGAAAAUCCAAACAACUAAGUAUUCUUAAAAAACAGCAGAUGAUGCAAGAUGUUAAAAAAGGUAUUCAACCUUUCAAGAAAUUGAAAUUGAAUUUUACUAGUGAAUCUUCAAAUUCACCAUUUAAAAAUGGGCAUAUUAACAAAACUGUAUCUAGAAAAAAAGUGCUAGGAUUAAGUUUGGAUUCCAACCUUCCAGAGGAUGAAGAAAGCACUGAUACUAAUUCUGAAGAAGAAUACGAUCUAGAGGAAGUAACAUGUGAGGGAGAUGCUGCUUGUAUGUUAAAGAAAGAGGAUCCAGACUUUAAACCAGAUAUUCAGGACACUAAAGAAAAUUCAUCACCAUGUCAAAAUUCCAGACGACCAAGAAGACAAGUGAAAAGGCCAAUAAGAUAUGAAGAAGACAGUGAAUCAGAAGGAGAGUUUGGUGAAAUUAAUACUCCAAGUAAGAAAGUAAAGGCUAAACCAUCAGGUGAUGACAAACCCUACCACCCAACGAUUGGAAAAGGAAAAGGCAUCGGAAAGAAAGGAAAGGGAAUUUCCAAAUGUAAAAAAGUAUCGGCUACUGAUCAAGUUAUUUUUAAAUCUCAAGUUACUGUAGAAACAAAGAAAGAAGUUGUUGAUUUGACCUCACCAACACAAUCAGCAGUGGCAAUUAUUCCUUGUGAAAAGAAAAAGCCUACUCCAACUGUUGAUGAAUCCAGAAAACAACAUGAUUCUGUCAAAGAAGACUGCAUAGUGACUUUAUUGAAAAGUGUAGAAUUACUCCACCUAAAAGAAAUAUUUGAAAGGGAACAGAUUUCAAUAGAUAUAUUGGUUGAGAUGGGACAUGAUGAUUUAAAGAGUAUAGGUAUUGAAGCAUUUGGACAAAGACAUAAAGUCAUCAAAGCUGCUAAAAACUUUGUUAUUAGUUCAGAGUCCAAAAAAAUUGACCAAAAUGCAGGAUGUAAUCUGAAGACUGAAACUAUCAAGUCUGUAAAAGUACCAGCCUCAAGUACAUGUUAUGAAGACUUACCUGACCCUGCAGAACAACCUGUCAUGGUUUUGGAAUCCGAUCCUUUGGAUGAUUUAGAAGUUUUAGGUGGUAAUGCUUCCUCAAGUGAGUGUGGUUCUGGUACAGGAAGAACUGAGACAACUGGACCAAGAAGUACUCUUAUCAUUUCACCAUUGUCUGUUUUAAAUAACUGGCUGGACCAGUUUGAAGAUCAUAUCCAUGAAAAUGUACAUCUUGAUAUAUACACAUACUAUGGGUCCAGCAGAACUAAAGAUCCCAAAAUUAUUGGUCAACAGGACAUAGUACUGACUACUUACUCUACAGUUACUGCUGAUGCAAAGGGAAAUAACAACCCACUUCAGAAGGUGGAAUGGUUGAGGAUAGUAUUGGAUGAAGGACAUGCUAUAAGAAAUCCAAAUGCACAGCAGACAAAAGCUAUUUGUGCUCUCAAAGCUGAAAGAAAAUGGAUUUUGACGGGUACUCCCAUUCAAAAUUCCAUGAAGGAUCUUUGGUCAUUGGUAAACUUUUUACAGAUCAGUCCAUUUACAGAUAAACAAUGGUGGAACAGAGCCAUAGAAAGACCCCUAAAUGAAGGAAAUGACAAUGCUCUCAAACGAGUCCAGCAUCUAAUGGGAGCGAUAGCUAUGAGGAGAACAAAGACCAUGAAGAUAAAUGAUAAACCAAUAGUAGAUUUACCUGAAAGGAAUGUUUUCAUUGAACAUGUCCAGUUGAGUGAAGAGGAAAGAUCAGUUUAUGAAGCCAUGCAGAAGGAAGGAAAAAUAAUUGUCAGCAGGUACUUCACUCAAGGGACAUUGCUCCACAACUAUGGCGAUGUUUUGGCUAUAUUGAUGAGAUUAAGACAGAUGUGCUGCCAUCCACUGCUUGUUGCAAAAGCAGCAGCAGCAAUUCAGGAGACAGUUGGGCACCUUGAACCAGGGCAGGCCAUUCCUGAUCAUUUGAGAGAAAAAUUAAUCAGCAAAUUGUUAUUAGUUUUAGGAUCUGGUUCAGAUGAAGAAUGUGCCAUCUGUCUAGAUGGUCUGAAGGAACCUGUUAUUACUCAUUGUGCACAUGUCUUCUGUAAGAGAUGCAUUGAUGCUGUGAUUCAGUCAGAAAAGCCUCAUCCACAUUGCCCAUUAUGUAGAGGAAAUGUUGAUACAGACAAAUUGCUUGCACCUUCAAUUGAAGAGUUAAAUCAACAGAAAGACACAGAACAAAUGGAUAUUAGUGCUAAUACUUGGAAAUCUAGUGCUAAGGUUGAUGCCUUGAUCAAUGCCUUGUUGAAGUUGAGACAAGAGGAUCCCUCAGUUAAAAGUUUGGUUGUUUCACAAUUCACAUCCUUGUUGUCACUUAUAGAAAUACCUUUAGGUAUGCAUGGAUUUAACUUUGUGAGGUUAGAUGGAACAAUGAGUUUGAAGCAGAGACAGACAGCUAUAGCCCAAUUCAGUAACAGCAGUUUUGGCACACCUACCAUUAUGUUGCUAUCUUUAAAAGCUGGUGGAGUUGGGAUCAACUUGAUAGCAGCUUCCAGAGUAUUCCUUAUGGAUCCUGCCUGGAAUCCAGCUACAGAGGAGCAGUGCUUUGAUAGAUGUCACAGACUUGGCCAAACCAGGAAUGUAACAAUAACAAAGUUUGUUGUUGAUGACUCCGUAGAAGGCAGAAUGAUGGAUUUACAGGACAAAAAGAGGAAAUUGAUGCAGGGGGCUUUUGGCAAGAAACAAACUGCAGAGGAAAAAAGGACAAACAGGAUACAAGAUAUAAAAGCUUUAAUGGAUAUGUAAAAAAUAGACCUGAGCAGGGAUUGACUCUUCGUGUCUUAUGCAUAUUGGAUAACAGGGAUCAUCAUCAGAUGCCAUUCAUAAGAAGAUUGGACAUUUUGUAAUGUUAAUUUGUUUGUUUACAUAUUUGUUACUUUAGGUAACAAUUGUGGAAACUUGAUUUAUUUUAUGGGAUUUGAAUGCAAUUUUUUUAAGGUGCUAUGAAAAAGGUGACAGUUCAUAUAUCAUAUUAAAACUGUUCAUCAGUUAGAGAUGUGAUUUAUAGUGCUUUUUAUACAUAGUGCAAGAUAUUUUAUACAUGUACUUUAGGUUGAUUUUACAUUAGUUGUAUUCUCCUCUCUAUGGCACAAUAAAGGAACGGUAGCAAAAGGAGAAUGCAUGUUUUUGGAUCAAAAUGGUCCUGUCUCUUUUUUUUUUUUUUAAAUUAAAUCAAUAUGGCCCUGACAUGGAAAAUGAAUCUUCUUUGAUAUUCAGUCAUCAUUUAUUACCCAGGGCUUCCAAAAAAAAUUUGAUCCAGCUGGACAUUUUUGUCUUAUCCCGAUUUUUAUGUUCGAUGUUCUGGCAUAAACUGUUAAAUUGACAUUGCAUCAUUCGAAGUGUGCAACAUAAGCGUACAAAUAUCUGCAUAAGACCCUUUAUUUGUGCAAAAUUACUAUGUCAAAAACUUGACUUUCGUUUUUAAAAAGUACAUUUUCCUAGUACCGGAUGUUGACUUGACAGUGGUAAAACAUUGACCAGAGCCAGUUGUGUUAAAUCUGUGUACGUUUUCAAGAAAAUACUGAAAAUGAACGUUAGACAAACGUAUCAAUGAUGAUUUUAACAUUUUUAAAGAAUUCGGAUGCAUAACUAUAUCUCACACCUGCGCACAGGUGUACUAGUUCAAACAACGUAAUUUUGAUGAUUUUUGCUUUUAAAAACCUUUAUUACUACCUUUUCAAAUUUUUCGUCAAAUCAUAUUUUUAUAAGUAUUUAUGAUAAUUCAAAUCUCUUUGACUAAAUUUAUUAGAUGCAAACCACUGAAAUUUAAGAAAAUAACUUUAAAUAGAUCGAUCAAUGUCCGGUACAAAAUAGUUUACCUGUUGCCUGGACAGGUAAAUUUCAGCUUAUUCACCUUCAUUGUAAUGAGAGGGUAUUACAGUAGGGUUUGUUUUGAUAGUAUUUAUUCAGCUCAGCACAACAAGUCAAAUAUAUAAUUUAUCAAUCAAGUCCGGACAAUACAACCAUUUUGGAAGCCUUGUUAUUACCUUUUACUUCCUAGAAAUCUCAGCAGUGGCAGAAAUAGGAAGAAAUUAAUAUAGUUACAUUGUAAAUUUGCCCAUUUGAUAAUGAUUUUGAAAGAAAUAACAUAAGAUCAUGCAUCCCUACCCCCCACCCCCCUCACUCAAAAGAUAAUUUUAUAUCCAGGUGGAUUCACUGUGUAUCCCUACAUUUGAUUUUGUGAAAGGCCACAAUAGCAUGUUAUAUUACUUCUGCCAAAUAAUCACUGAAUUUCUUUACUUGGGGGGGGUAUAUAGGGAGGUCUAAUUUUAUCAGCAUCAACAAUCCAUUAGUGCCAAUAAAACACAUUAUUAUUGGCAUUUUGAGGCGUAAACAAAUAAUGUUUACAGGGAAACCUAUUAUAUCUUUUUGGGUCAAAUGCAAAAAGUAUGUAUGUGCUUUAUUGAUAUUUUUACAAAUUCUCUUUAUUUGUUUAGCCUAUAUGAUUUAUCAUGGGUAAAGUUUCUCUAGAAUAAAUUGCAUUGUAUCUCAAUUCUAAAUUAGGAAACAUUUCAUUUUAUGAUUAAAUCAAGUUUGGGAUGCAAAAGAAAAGUCAUACAUUUUUUACUUUUUAAGAUAAUUUUUUAUGAAGAAAUGUUAAUUUUAUUAUAAUUUUUUACACAAAUGUUUUUUUUAAAUGUUGCAGGGGGUUUAGUACUUGAUGAAAUGCUGGGAAUAAAAUAGAAAGGGUAUUAACACCAUAACUAGAGUUAAACUGAGGUUCAUAUACCAAUAAGAAUAAAAUUACUUUCAUAAAUAUCAAGAAUGAAGUCACUUCAUUGUAUUACAGAAUCAAAUAUAUCAGUAUUGUUAAUCUUCUAGUCUAAGUUGUUUAAGUAGAUAAAUAGUCAUUUUUGUUACUUUUGGAAAAUAAAUUUUUGAACAUA